CAGCCCGUGCCGAGCCAGCCUGAGCCAGCCCGUGCCGAGCCAGCCCGUGCCGAGCCAGCCUGAGCCAGCCCGUGCCGAGCCAGGCCGGAGCCAGCCCGUGCCGAGCCAGCCCGUGCCGAGCCAGCCCGAGCCAGCCCGUGCCGAGCCAGCUCGAGCCGAGCCAGCAUGUCGUUCACGGCGGAGGAUCUCAACAAUGGGCAGCCGCACUGCGCGGGCAGCAAGAAGAAGAGCGGCUUCCAGAUCACGAGCGUGACGACGGCCAGGGCGCACAGCAACAGCGCCGGGGACGACACGGAGGUGAGCUUCGACCUCGAGGACGACGCCUCCACGAAGACCGAGGAGCUCGGCGGCUCCUGCUCGGACAUCUUCGACACGCCCGCUGCCGCCGCCUGCGCCGAGAUGAUUUUCCUCCCCGCGGCCGACGAGACGGAGCAGUUGGCGCCCGCCGAGCCCGGAGAUCGAGGGACGCCUGGGGCGGUGGAGUCGGGCGACGGUGGCGGCGGCGGCGGCGAUGUUGAGGAGGUUGAGCAGCCUGCUCCUGCCGCUACCUCGAUGGUGUUCAGAGCCGAUGGUGGGGCACCCGCCGUGGAGGUUGUGGUCGGUGGACACGUCGAGCAAGCGAGCUCGCAGAGCAACCAAACUUACGGUCAUCAUCAUCAUCAUCAGCAGCAGCAGUCGCAGUCUCACCUGCAGCCGCAAGCCCACGCGACUCCGCACGGCUGCAAUUCGCGAUUCCGCGUCGUCAAGCUGGUGGAGAAGGAGCCCUUCAAGAAGGGCCGCUGGAACUGCACGGACUUCUACGAGAAGGACAAGGAGGUGGUGGUGGGCCAGGCCUCUGCCCUGGCCCACCACGACGCCUGCUCCGUCGUGUCCCGGGAGAGCGUCGCAUUCUCCGGCCCGGUGCCGUCCCUCCACGCCUUCGACAGCCAAGCGUACGGGCAACAACACAACCACCAACAACACCAACAACAACAACAGCAGCAGCAGCACCACCAGCACCCCCAGCAAUGCGACCCUCUCGGCGGCGAGAGCGUCCAUCGGAUGGGCCGGGACGUGCCGGCCGCGUCCUGCGGCCCGAGCCAGCCGGGUCUGGCCCCUCUCGCGGUGGCGCACCCGGCACUGCCGGGUUUCCCUCAGGGCUACUACGAAGCUGCCGCACCAGCGCCCAGCCAGGUGGCCGGCGGCGGCGGCGGCAACACGCUACCUGCGGGCAACGGGGGCGGUGGGUUCUUUGAGCAGCAGCAGCAGUUGGGCGUGCCGGGUGCUCCUCCGGGCAUAGGUUGGGCUCCGGACAAUCUGCAGAGCGUGACAGCCUCGAACGUGGGCAGCGAUGCUCUGUUGCAGGCUGGCCAGCAACAGCAACAGCAGCAGCAACAGCAACAGCAGCAGCCGUUGCAAGUUCCGCAGCAGGGCUAUGGGAUCUGCCUCGUGGAGGAAGGGACUGACAACCCUCAGCUUCAGCAGGCCCUUGGAUUCCACGGCGGUCUCUUAGAUCAGCAGAUGGAGCAGCAGCAGCAGCAGCAGAUGCCCUCCUUCGGCGUUCAGAUGCAGCCGCCGCAGCUGCCGCCACAAGCGCCGUUACCGAAUUUGUCCGAACUGCAGAUGAGGGCCAAUUCUCCGCAUCCGCCGGUGCUUCUACAGCAGCAGCAGCAGCAGGCCUGGCAGCAAAGAAUGCCGCCGCAUCCUCAAACAGCGGACGGCAAUUUCCUCCAGCAUUCGCUGGCGUCGUCGGCGGUCCACAAGCCGGCGUCGCCGAUCGCGGCCGGGUUCCCCGCGGUGCCGAAGAGCCCCCCGAGCGCCGUCACGCAGCAGCUCAACUCCGUGCUGGCGCAGAUGCACUCGUCGCAGGGCCAGCAGCAGUUCAUGGCGCAGAACCCUCACCUGCGGCCGCUGGGCACCGCGCCGCAAGCCGGCCCGGACCCCCCCCAGCAGCUUGCGCCGAUGUUUCAGCAGCAGAGCGGUCAGAGCGCCGCGGGGAGGGCGGUCAACGCCCACGUUCUCGCGCAGCCUCCGCCGGUGGCCCUGGGCUUCGACAACAUCGUGUCGAACGUCCACUCCGGCGAACCCGCCGGCGUCACGUCUCCGCUGCCCGUCGCCCUCGCCCAGACGUUCAACGUCGGCUUCGCGGACGCGGCGCAGAUGGACGCCGCGCUGUUUCCGCCGCCGCCGCUGCUGCUGCCGGCGGGAGCCGCGGGCGCCGGUCGGUACCUCCUGGGAUCGGCCGGCGUCGUGCCGCGGCUGGACGGCCACCAGCAGCAGCAGCAGCAGGCGUUCGCGGAGCCGUCAACCGCUGGCGGAGGAGCGGACGGUGCGGCGGUGGCGGUGGCGAUGCCCUCCUCUGGUGUGGCUCAAGGUGCGGUGGGCACGGCUGAAGACGACAGCUCCCCCGGAGCCAGCAUGGUCGCUAUUGACAACAAGAUCGAGCAAGCCAUGGACCUGGUGAAGUCGCACCUGAUGUUCGCGGUGCGCGAGGAGGUGGAGAUCCUCCGCGAGCAGAUCAAGGAGCUCGUGGAGAAGAACAGCCAUCUGGAGCAGGAGAACCAGGCGCUGCGCGGCCUCGCCAAUCCCGAGCAGCUGCAGGAGCUGCUGAGCCAGCUCCCCGACUCCACCCCACCGCCAGCCGCCGCCGGCGACGGCCAGAACGGCGGCAACAACAACGGCGGCGGUGGCGGCGGUGCGCCGCCCGCGGCUCAGCAGCAGCCGGCGCAAGGCAACGCGGUGCCGUCGGCCUGAAGCCGCGAUGCCAGAGCCGGCGCCCGGCGGGCCGGACGCGUGGGGGCGACGAACGGAGGGUUUCGGCGUGGCCCACCCAGACGGGGCCUCCACCGUCACCGCUCCCUCCGCCACUGGUCGAGAAUGGCGUUGCCUCGCCGUGGCGUAAAUAUCGAGGCGAAGCGGCACGGUGGACAUGGAUGAGAGAUGGAGACACGGCAGAGGUGUAGGUUCGAGAUACAGAGGUCUCCAUGCGGAGAUGGAGGUGAGAGAGGCUGCGGGCAAGAGGCAAAUAUUGAUUUGGGGUGACGGCGAGAUGACCACGAUUUGUUCAGAAGGGGGGGCGGCCUUCUCGCCAAACAAAGCCCGAUCACCCGGCAGCAUUCGUUCAACAAGCCCACGCCCUACUGAUGAGACCCAAGAAGGGCCGGAAACCAGUGCAGAGUUUUACGCUCGAAACAACCGCCGCUGGAUAAUGUCAGUUUGCAGAGGCGAUGUACCGUUGGGACUGAAACUAUAUUUGUGUUUGUGCGCGUGGAGACGCGGGACGGAGUUCCGGCCCACGCUUGGCUUUCGCCGAAGAGAGAGAGACGAGAGAGAGAGAGAGAGUCCCGGGGACGAGAGGCACGGACGGGCGGUCACGUGACCGGCCUUCGCGAAGUCGCGCGACGCCGUGCGACGCUCGCGACGUUUCACGUGGCACGCGCCCGGUUCGCCGCACGGCACCGCAGGAAAAAUACAGCGGGCGAGAAUCCCGUCGGCUUUAAAGCAUGGAAUGUGUAUGCCGUUGAUCUCUUUGUCUCGCCACGGUUUUAAAAAUGAAUGCAUCCCGACUACUGCCAGUGCUGCUACUGCUACUGCCGCGUCUUCUGCUGCUGCUGCUAUGAAUACGAUCGUCACAAGGCGGCGACUUUGAAAAGUUGCGAUGGUUUUGGGGUGGACUUUCGCAAUUAACGUUGCGCGUGUGUUAGUAUAUAUAUAAAUAUAUAUAACGUAAGGGUUAUCGCUGCUUAGACAGCCGCAGGGCUGUCCGGUUCCGUCGGACACGUGGGGUCGACUGCGCCGUUUCCCCGCGGCCCGUGACAUCACGGGGGUCGCGAGAGUUGCCGGCGGCUGAUUGGCUGUCGGGAGGGUUCUCCAUGGCUGAUUGAUGACGACCAAGAUGACGAAUGGGCGCCGCCGUGAAGUCCUGGAGAAGGGCGUCUUUUGAAUCGACGUCGUUCAGAUUGGAAUAACCCCGUCAAGGUGCAAUCCUAUGUGUGAUUAUGAUGAUGAUGAGAUCGAUAAAUGUAUAUUUUGUAUUUUAUUUCAUGGUCUCUGCCCUAUACGGCAGGCAAACCCGAGGAGAGAUUUGGCUAUUGUGUAAACCCCCCUCCCCCCGCCCAAAACACAAUUCUUUGAACGACUCGGCAAACGUUGCCGAUAAGUAAAAGUCAAACGUGGCGGUGUUUGUCAUGAGGGUGUAGGAGAAGGCCGCCACCCUUGCGAUUGCUCCAGAUCGAUGGGAUUGGUUGUACGUUCCGUAGCCAGGAAGGGAAAUUUGCGUCGACCGCCGCGCUGCGCAGGGGAUGCCCGGCCCCCGUGGCCUCGUGCUGGUGGAGGGUUGCCGCCUCUGACCUCUGACCUCUGACCUGCGGAACAAAAACCGUGGCGGUUGUAAGCACCAUCACUCGUGGAGUUGGCUCAAACGUGGCCACCGCACAGGGCCGCGGAGUUUCGGCGCAUUGCUGCGGCCGACUUCCCGCUUGUCUGCGGGUUUUCCCCGCGCCUCUGGAUCCUAACGGAAAAAAUAUCGCGCGGCGCGUUUGCACAUCCGCGCUGUUCGCAAAUAAUGCGGGGGGGGGGGGGGGGGAUGUAAAUUCGUGUAAAUGGCAAAAACAAAUGUUUGAAUGUUCUGCGGAAGCCUUUCAGAUUUCCCGGGACAGCAGCUUUCUAUCCUCCACUUCUUCCUCGUGCUCAAUCCACCCUGUCGCUCGCUCUCUCUGCUCGUGCGCGCGCCCCCUUCACCGGAACAAACUUCCCCAUCCGCGUACUCUUAGUUUUUUCGGUAAAGUCACCAUGUAGGUAAAAAAUGAAAUAAAAAUUCAUAAAAAUUAAAUAAAAAAUCACGACGUUUCGGAGGCAACACAAGUCUCCGUCAUCAGGUGGGACCGUCACAGCCAGAUUUGCUGUAUCAAGAUACAUUAAUUUUAAUUUCAUUUUGAAAUCCUUUAUAUUAAGUUCACUUGCUUGCUUGCUUGCGCGCUUACGACCGUGCAAAUCUUUCGGUCGUAUUUUAACCCACUUUUCCCGUGAUCCAAUCGAGCUGACAUUUUGCACACAGACACGUUGUGCGUGACAAUUUAUUUUCGUGAAAUUUUUUUUUUCCAAAAUGUUCCACUUUUUAGGAAAAAAAAAUUCAUAUUUAAUUUAAAAUACCAAUGUGAUAAAAAUGAAACUCUUACUCAAGCAAAACAGAAAUGAAUAAUGAAAUAAAACCGAUGCCACGCAUAUACAGGAUUUAUAGUGAAAAACUUAGUUUUUACGGGUAUUUUUUACCUACGUGACUUUACCGAAAAAACUAAGAGUAUGAAUCCUUGCAGUCACGAAAGCUUCAAAUCUAGAAUUCCCCAUCCGCGUUAAGCGGUCACCUUCGCUCACGAAGCUUCCGCUCCUCACUCACAAGCCACUUGUUCCCUUGCUCACCCCACGACCCCUUAAUCUCUCCCCGUCAUAACCACCACCGUCACUGUUUCCUCUUCAUAUUCUCAUGACGCGGCUUUCACUCAGUCACCCCAUUCAUGAAUGCAAUCCAUUCGUCAUCAUUUGCUGUCGUAAAUUUCGCUUUCACCGAAUUCAUGCAUCAUCACGGAUUUGCCCCCCCUUUCAUUCAAACCUCAUCUCCACCGUCACAUUCAUACGUCACACCACUGGUAAUUCUCUGUAAAGGGCCUUGGAUAAUGCGCCAUGUAAGUUAUUUUAAGAUAAGAUAAGUCUGAUCCCUUAGGCAUACAGAUGGCGACCCGACCCACGUGCUGUCUACCUCAUCGCCUUGCCCCGUCGCUUCCGCCUGUGACAAUGCCGUAGCGAUCGGAGCGCAGAAGCCAGACGAGAGACCGCCGGCGGUGGGUAAACGCGUCGGCUAAUUCGCGAGAGGGUUUUUUUUCUUCUUCUUUCUAAAUUGAAACUUCGGACGUGAAAUAUUACAAUGGAUUUUCACAAUUUUUAUUUUUCACAAUUUACAUUCGCUAUUUUAAAUUGGCCUUUGGCUAAGCCGCCCGCAAUGCGCCCCCCCCCCGGUCUCGACAGAUCCCGCGAGCUAAGCAGGCUUGGGCCUGGUGAGCGCUCGGUGCGGGGUGACCGCCACGCACGGCAGAGCAUAGUGGGCAGCGCGGCAACAAACAACAACGAACACGUUGCUGUACUGUACUCGUACGCUCCCACAUUUACACUCCCUGCCUCCAUCUCUCCCCGCCAGUGCACGGGGCACACAUGGCAAAGUAUGGUCAAGUAAGCCCUCCUCAUCCGGCGGUGGAUUUGCGAUGCAAAAGUACCGUGGGUGCCUAACGCUACGAAUCGUGUCGGGACGUUUUUCUUUUUUUUAAAAGCCUAAAGAAAACGUCGAUUUUGUGUCUCGAGCAAAGAUCGCGCGGGCUCAACGUGCGACCUGGAGUCGAGUCACUCCCGCCGGAGGAGCGUUCACGAGCCAGAGUGGAGCGGCUAAAUAAUCCUCAUCGACGUGGGGAGAAGCGGGUCGUCCCACGGCAAGGGUCGGCGCCCCGGGCUGGGAAUUUGGAAUUUCGAUCGUCGUUCGAACUGCUUAUGGAAUGGCGAUGGCUUGGCGAGGCCUUCAUUGAGCAGUGGAUCGAUCGCCGACGACGACGACGGUGGUGGUGGUGAUGAUGGUGAAGGCUCAAUAGUGGUGGCUAUGCACGUGGCACGUAAUCCAGCACACAGCGGAGGCAGCGAGGGUUGGCGGAUCGCACAAGUGCAUCGAUGAGGUGCCAUGGUUUGACUCGCCAGGAGGCGGCGGUACGGCGACUGUGGACUCCACCUGUUCCCUCCGUACGGGAUAGAGUGUUUCCCCCUCGCACGAGUGUGGGUUUACUCCCGGGUGCUCCGGUUUCCUCCCACGUGGAAGCGCUCGUCGAUUGGCAACGAAAGCAACUCGAUGUGCAGGUUACGUUAAAAAAAAUGUUAACACUUUUAUGGGGCUAUCGUUUUUAAUGGAAAAACAACGGGUAAUACACUGCAACAUGAUAACAAAUGUGAAGUUAAUGGCUUAAAAAAGUUAAAGGGUCUCCCACUUGUUCGCCAGCAUUGUCAACGCGUGCCUGGAAUCUUCUUCAGGUGGUCUCCAGAGCCCGGAGGCACAUUUCUGUAUUGUUGCAAAUUCUCAGAAGUGUUCACAUUUGUUUUUAAGCACCCCGCAUAGAGGGCUGCAGAGCUUGGAGCGGCUUGAAAUGCUGGCGCUGGCUCACCGCGUCGCUGCCGCCUCUUCUGUGGCUCCUCCUCCUUCGCCGCGCCGCCCUCUUGAGUCGUUCGCUCAACCUGCUCGGCUCUCAGGAGCCAUUCGUUGAGCGAAAAAAAAAGCACAUCACGUUUUCUCUGUGCCAAUAUUUAACAAAGUGCGCUCUCUUUAGCCUCUGAUAAGCGAGAUAUAUUAUUGACCAGUGCCAAGCGAUAAAAUAAUUGUUAAAAGGAUUUGGAGUUGGGGUGGGGUGGGAGGGGGAGAGGUUUUGUGCAAUUUCCCCCCCCCCCUGAUUAACAAGUAGGCGACGUUGCACCAACCCAUGCGACCGAGUGCCAACGUUGGCCCGACGUUUGCACGUUUACUGGGAGAUGCUGUCAGUAUUUCACGCAAUCUCUAUGUACCGUAGCUUCACACACACACACACACAUAUAUAAUCUAUUUUUAAAACUGGUCAAAAACAACUGGGCCGAAAGUUAAUGAGUGUUGGUGACAAUGUAAGAUAAUACAUUUGCGAUGGUUUGGACACAUAUCGAGAAUGGAUUCCAGAAAGGAAAGUAAUAAGGACUGGGGUGCCGCGGUGGUGAAAUGUUGACCUCUUCGCCUGGUAUACAGGAGGUCGUGGGUUCGAUCGCGACCCUGACGCCUGCUGCAUAUUUGGAGUUCGCGGUGUCUCUCAUCAUCACGGUGGCUAAGAGAUGUUGACCUCCUCACCUGGUAUACAGGAGGUUGUGGGUUCGAUCGCGACCCUGACACCUGCUGCAUAUUUGGAGUUCGGGGUGUCUCUCUCUCAUCAUCACGGUGGCUAAGAGAUGUUGACCUCUUCGCCUGGUAUACAGGAGGUCGUGGGUUCGAUCGCGACCCUGACGCCUGCUGCAUAUUUGGAGUUCGCGGUGUCUCUCAUCAUCACGGUGGCUAAGAGAUGUUGACCUCCUCGCCUGGUAUACAGGAGGUCGUGGGUUCGAUCGCGACCCUGACGCCUGCUGCAUAUUUGGAGUUCGCGGUGUCUCUCAUCAUCACGGUGGCUAAGAGAUGUUGACCUCCUCACCUGGUAUACAGGAGGUUGUGGGUUCGAUCGCGACCCUGACACCUGCUGCAUAUUUGGAGUUCGGGGUGUCUCUCUCUCAUCAUCAUGGUGGCUAAGAGAUGUAGACCUCUUCGCCUGGUAUACAGGAGGUCGUGGGUUCGAUCGCGACCCUGACGCCUGCUGCAUAUUUGGAGUUCGCGGUGUCUCUCAUCAUCACGGUGGCUAAGAGAUGUUGACCUCCUCACCUGGUAUACAGGAGGUUGUGGGUUCGAUCGCGACCCUGACACCUGCAGCAUAUUUGGAGUUCGGGGUGUCUCUCUCUCAUCAUCACGGUGGCUAAGAGAUGUUGACCUCUUCGCCUGGUAUACAGGAGGUCGUGGGUUCGAUCGCGACCCUGACGCCUGCUGCAUAUUUGGGAGUUCGCGUGUCUCUCUCAUCAUCACGGUGGCUACGAGAUGUUAACUACCUCGCCUGGUAUACAGGAGGUCGUGGGUUCGAUCGCGACCCUGACGCCUGCUGUAUAUUUGGAGUUUGCGGUGUCUCUCUCUCAUCAUCAUGGUGGCUAAGAGAUGUUGACCUCCUCGCCUGGUAUACAGGAGGUCGUGGGUUCGAUUGCGACCCUGACGCCUGCUGCAUAUUUGGAGUUCGCGGUGUCUCUCUCUCAUCAUCACGGUGGCUAAGAGAGAUGUUAACCACCUCGCCCGGUAUACAGGAGGUCGUGGGUUCGAUCCCGGCCCUGCCGCCUGCUGCUGUAUAUUUGGAGUUCGCAUGCUCUCCCCGUGGUCACGUGGAAUUUUUUUUUCUCCGGAUCCUUCGUUUUCCCGCCCCCCCCCCCCCCCCACAUUUAGAAUCAACAUCACGUGCCUCUGUAGUAUUUGGCCGCUGUAAAUUUGCACGAGAUAAGCCACUUCGUUGAGCUAUCAUUUGUGAUUGCCAGGUCACUUCUGAAAAAGAGCGGCUACACAACUCAACGUGGGCCUUAAACUGGUGAAGUAGAAAAAAAAUGGUUUUGAGUUUAGAGAUAAAGUCUUAAGUCUGAGAACACUGAAGAGAAAUGGAGAAAGCAACUGCCUCAGUAUAAGUGGCCGUAACGGUGGUAAAACACUGAACCCUGCUGGUAAGGCUACCGGAGUGCACGGGUUCACUUGUUUGGCUGCAGAUAUGGCACAAUGAAGGUUGAGAGGGGUUAGUUUGUACGUAUGUUGACCUUCUUCCGCACCGUUCGUCGCCAACCGACCGCGCUAAUCGCUAAUCGGAGGUGCGGCCUUGCAGAUGCUGGAAUAAUUGCAGGAGAUCAGCUCCACGGAAUUCGGGAGAUUUUUUGUUGUUGUUGUUGUAAAACUCUACAAAUGCAGGGCUCCUGUUUUUUUCCGUGGUGAAUUCGCCGAUGACGUCCUCCUUACCCGUGAACAUUUUGCGGAUAAUCUGGAGAAAAAAAUGUCUAAUAAUAAUCGCCGCGUGGAGAAAUUAGUUUUCGCGCCAGCCCUACGGCCGUCGAGGAUAACGUGAACAAUCGGUGCUUAAUAAUCUAAACGUGUACGCCACGGUCACCCCCGACGACAGGUUGCGGAUAUGGUGGCGUGGAUUUUAAGCUUUCGUGACUGCAAGGAUUCAUAUUCUUAGGUUUUUUCGGUAAAGUAAAAAAAAGCCUAAGGAUAUGGUGGCGGUGAAGUGCGGCUGCUGCCACCUCGUCUGGCCGGCGUGGAAGAGUAGGCCAAGCUCCCACUUUCUACAGAGCUAUAGAGUUGGGAGGCCCUUUCGCCAGCAAGCCGGGUUUAGAAACUUCGGAAUCGGAAUGUUUGUUCAUACUGGAGGAAUCCAAAGAGCUAAAAAUCGCUUUUUCACAGAUGUCCAGUCGGGGCGGAUCAGAACAACACAAGAACGCGAUAGGAGUUGCAAAACUAUGGGAAAGGUAAAACAAAUCGCAACAAAUCUCUACAAAUAAAAACUAAACACUUAUUUUACCGGCUAAAGUCCACUCAGCUGUGUAGCUCUUUCUCAGAAGCGACCUGGCCACAAAUGAUAGCCUCGGCGCAAAAGUGGCUUAUCGUCACGUGUACAUUUCUAGCAGACGAAUCACUCAAAUAAUCUCAUCGCAGCACCGCAGGGGAAACGAUGCAGCUGCUUCAACACCCCUCAUUAGACACAGGCGGUUAGCAGGCGCGUGUUUAUCUUGCGGGCCAGUGCGUUAAGUGUGUUCUACUGGGAUACGCGUUCACGAAAGCCGCACCUCCGAUAAGCACGGCGGGCUACGUACGGUGCGAAAGAAGUUCAACAUACACACACAGACGCGCACAGAGACCCAUAGAUACUCACGCAGAGGCCGAUAGACUCACACAGAGACCCACAGACUCACACAGAAACCCAUAGACUCACACAGAGACCCAUAGAUACUCACGCAGAGGCCGAUAGACUCACACAGAGACCCACAGACUCACACAGAAACCCAUAGACUCACAUAGAGACCCAUAGACUCACACAGAGACCCACUGACUCACACAGAAACCCAUAGACUCACAUAGAGACCCAUAGACUCACACAGAGACUCACAGACUCACACAGACCCAUAGACUCACACAAACUCACACAGAGACCCAUAGACACUCACAGAGACCCAUAGACUCGCACAGAGAGACCCAUAGACACUCACACAGAGACCCAUAGACACUCACACAGAGACCCAUAGACUCACAUAGAGACCAAUAUACUCACACAGAGAGACCCAUAGACUUACACAGAGACCCACAGACUCGCACAGAGACCCAUAGACUCACACAGAAACUCAUAGACUCACAUAGAGACCCAUAGACUCACACAGAGACUCACAGACUCACACAGAAACCCAUAGACUCACACAGAAACCCAUAGACACUCACAGAGAGACCCAUAGACUCACACAGAGACUCAUAGACUCACACAGAGACCCAGUUUGUUGUCCUUCACACUCACCUCCCAUUAGCAUGGUUGGCUACGUACGAUGCGAAAGAAGUUCAAUGUACACACGUACAUAAGAGAGACCGUAGGAAGGGACCUUGUCACGUUACCUUGAUGGCGCCGUGAUGGCAAGUGCCCGAUUAAGCUAGUGCGGGGCCUGUUGCAUGAUGUUAUAAAGGGGCCCUAAAUAAAUAAUAAAAUCACGUAAAUAUUAAAACACGAAAUUUUAACUUGCACAGUAAAUUUAUUGUAUUUUUUCAUUUGCUAUACAGCCAGAUAAUACGACAAAUCGCUAACCUGCAACACCCAGUCGUUCGUAAAAGUUGAUGGCGGUAUAGUACUAUAGUAAUAGAGCAAGUGCAGAAUCACUGAAACGGAAUUGAUAGCUUGAAAGCAUUUGGCGCGGAGCCCUUGAAAGCGCGGGGCCCAUAGCCUAUGUAGCGACUUGUGCUACUACUGCCGGGGCAAGUGCUGAUAGCGAGCACCUAUAAAGGCCGGAACAGCACACGAGGGGAUUGGUGCCCAGCACCACGGCCGGCCGCCUUUGUCUCCCCAGCGACAAUGUUUACACACCGCACCAGGUACCUAGGGGAGGCCCGGGACCGGUUCAGAUGAUCGUCACUUGGGUUGCCCGUGAGCAAAAAUCGGAACUCGGGCCGCCGGCUUCGUAGUGCAAUGCGCUAACCGCUGCACCACCGCUCCCCAACAACACUACAUGAACACAGAUGUAUGUUGGGUACGUCGUGGAGUUUUGUUGAAUUGUUCGGGACUUGAAUAUAAUUCGACCGCGUGAGUUUUUCGUGGUUUUGCUGCUGCUGCUGCUGCUGCCGCCACCGAGUUCUCCGAUGCGGUUUUCCGGGUCGUUCCGUGUGUUGCUUUCUGCGCGGCGUGCCCGACGUUUCGCGCCAGCAUGCGGCGUGAAAUGCGGUGCAGCCGUAAAAUACCUUGGGAGCUACAUUGAACACUGUGCACAGUAUUGGUCGUAACGGUUGAUAAGUGUACCUUUUUUAAGUUGUGUAAUAGCUAUCUUAUUUCAAUCGUGGCUAAAGUGACAACGUUGAACUUGCGAUGUUACGUAGCGAACGCUGCGGUGAGCGGUCAUCGUGGGUGACCGGUCAGUGAAAGUUCACCACCUGGAUCCUUAGCACUCGUCGAGGAACGUAGGAACAUCAGAAUCAGAAUAUUUAUUCAUACUGGAGGAAUCCCAUGAGCCGUAAAGCAGCUUUGCCACUGAUUUCCAGCAAUAGGUGUGUGUGGGACGGUGGACAGGGAGCAGAGGUCGCAAACGGGUUUUGAUUCCUUACCCGUACCCGGCCGCACCAGGGUCGCAAAUGGGUACCCGUACCCUACCUGAUACCCGUACCCGGCCGGGUAUCGGGUAGGGUACAGGUACGGGUACCCGAUUGCGACCUCUGGGAUGAAGCCAUGUUGCAGGCGCGGGUGGGUUGAUUCUAGGAACUUGAAUUGUGAGAAGAGACGAGACGUUGGGAAAUGAGUGACAAACGGGGACUCACCAGUGACUCACGGCCUACCCGUACCCGGCCGCACCAGGGUCGCAAACCAUACCCGGCCGGGUACGGGUAGCCGGGUAUCGGGUAGGGUACGGGUAUCGGGUACCCAGUGGCGACCUCUGACAGGGAGGGCCGGUUUCCAAGACGGGGGCAUUGGGAGUGGUCUCCAGGAGUCCGGCCACCACGGCGGAGAUCAGAUGAUGAUGGGGGGAGACUGCCAGGGUAGUAAGUCUUCUAGAUCGUCUCCUGUCGACGCAGCAGCAGUAGCCGCUGUGAGCUUUGGUCGAAGAGAGAAAGUAGUGGGGGCGUCAACGGCUUGGGCCGCGUGACACUCCGAUCCGUGACACUGAUCCGUGACACUCUUAUCUGUGACACUCCGAUCCGUGACACCCCAAUACGUGACCCCAAUUCGUGACACUGAUCCGUGACACUCUUAUCUGUGACACCUCGAUCCGUGACACUGAUCCGUAACAGUGAUCCAUGACCCCGAUCCGUGACACUCCGAUCUGUGACACCUUGAUCCGUGACACUGAUGCGUGACACUGAUGCGUGACACUGAUCCGUGACCCCGAUCCGUGACACUGAUCCAUGACCCCGAUCCGUGACACUCCGAUCUGUGACACCUUGAUCCGUGACACUGAUGCGUGACACUGAUGCGUGACACUGAUGCGUGACACUGAUCCGUGACCCCGAUCCGUGACACUGAUCCAUGACCCCGAUCCGUGUGUUUACCACACGCGCUCGUGGUACCGCGCGCAUUCAUAAGAUUCCAGUUUUGAGAAUUUCCCAUCCUCGGGUUUUUGUUUGAUGUUCAGAGCGACCCCGUGCUUGCCGUAGCUGAAGCCGAGUCGAUUGAAUGCACAUUUUGAUCCCACGUUGGAUGGGUUCGGAUGAGCUGCUACUGUCAAAGCGGUGCUGUUACCAUGCCACCUGCGUCCCAACGUGCGCUUGGUUCCCAGACAGGCUGACUCCUCUUCUUGGUUCUUUCGGUAAAGUCACGUAGAAGGAAAAUAAUAAAAAAUAUAAAAAUAAAACAUAAUAAAAUAAUCCUCACGACG